AUGGACGUGGUGGCUAAGACUUACAAAAGUGGAGGUGUGUGGGCAUUCUUCAAAGGUUUCUGGCCCAGUACACUAAGCAUUUUCUUGUUUGCCGGAUUUGAUCUUAUGACUUACGAGCACAUCAAGGAAAAUUAUUCCCAUUUACACGAGAAGUACGACUACCCGAGGUGGAUCGUUAGCUUUUACUCAGCAGUUGUCUCGAACGCCGUGGGCGUAGUGAUAUGUUAUCCGAUAUCUACGAUCAUCACUAGACUCCAAGUCGACGACGGAACAAUGGUCGAGUCGGAAAACUGGGACCGGCGGCGGCUGUUUUCAUCCAAGAACUUUCGCAGCUUCCUACUCCUUUACAGAGGCAUCACCGGCAGUCUCAUGAAAAUGCUGCCCUGCACGUCCAUUGGCUACGUGGUCUACGAAGAGCUGUGCAAGUCGUUAGGCGUGCGAAUGACUUAUUGA